AUGCCACCCUCUUCGCCGCCGCCGCCUUCAUCCUCGUAUUUUACCUACCCCGUCACGUACGCCGUGAACGGACUCCUGCGCCGCCUGUCGUCGGAGCGUCCGUCCAAACCAUCAUCGCCAUCACCAUCAUCGGCCUCGAGCACGAUGGCGUCCGCCUUCGCUCCCCCACCGCACCGCAAAGCCAGCCCCUUCCAGCCGCCGCCUCUCACCCCACUCAGCCUCAACGGCUACAAGACCUCUACUCGCGAAGAAGGCCGGCUCUUGAGCAAAGCCCUGGCCGAGGAAAUCAGGCUGCUCGUGCCCCCGCGCCUGCAGCUCGUCGACGACUGGACCGUUAUCUACAGCCUGGAGCAAAACGGCGUCAGUCUUGCCACGCUGUAUCAGCGAGCCGAGGAAUACCGCGGUAAGAGAGGCGGCUUUGUGCUCAUGGUCAAGGACGGCAGCGGCGGCGUCUUUGGUGCAUACCUUUCCGACGCUCCCAAACCCGCCCCGCAUUUCUUCGGCAACGGCGAGUGUUUCCUCUGGCGUGCUCAUGUCCUGCCUGCGCUGCCCCAUCUCUCCAUGGCCGAGUUGCCGCCCCCGCCUUCGACUGAUACCACCAAUGCCGUGCGCAUGACUACUCUUUCGGCUCCCAGCGCCAGCGGCAGCAACAGCGCCUUGAGUCCUCCGCACUCGGCCUCUGCGAGUCGCAGUGGCACCGCCACCCCGGAGAGGAUUCGAUUCAAGGCUUUUCCCUACAGCGGUGUCAACGAUUAUAUGAUCUUCUGUGAGCACCAAUACCUGAGUGUCGGAGGAGGAGACGGUCACUACGGCCUUUGGCUCGACGACAACCUCGAGCAGGGGGUUUCCAGCACUUGCCCCACAUUCGGAAAUGAACCACUGAGCGACGAGGGCAGCAAAUUCGAAGUCCUUGGCGUCGAGCUGUGGUACAUUGGCUCAUAA